CCGGGGGGAGUAUGGUCGCAAGGCUGAAACUUAAAGGAAUUGACGGAAGGGCACCACCAGGCGUGGAGCCUGCGGCUUAAUUUGACUCAACACGGGGAAACUCACCAGGUCCAGACAUAGCAAGGAUUGACAGAUUGGGAGCUCUUUCUUGAUUCUAUGGGUGGUGGUGCAUGGCCGUUCUUAGUUGGUGGAGUGAUUUGUCUGGUUAAUUCCGUUAACGAACGAGACCUCAGCCUGCUAAAUAGCUACGCGGGGACCUUUCCUCGUGGCCARCUUCUUAGAGGGACUGUUGGACGACUAGCCAACGGAAGUUUGAGCAAUAACAGAGUCUCAUGGCCAUUCUUGCUGGAGGGGCUCCGCCAGAGGGGAUUUGGACCGAGGUUUCUCUCUGUGAUCAGUCACCUUUUGGCCUCGGCUAAAUCCCGCCUCCUCGUUAAUGGUUAUCUAUCGGAGCCUAUUUUCAUCACGCGCUCAGUUCGACAAGGCUGCCCCCUAUCGCCAGCGCUGUAUGCACUGUACAUCGAGCACCUCCAUGAUAUGCUCCGAGCUGAUGCAGACCUGGUGGGCCUACAGCUCCCGGGCGGCAGACAGCUCAAGACAUCGGCCUUUGCAGACGAUACAGGGGCAUUUACUGCCCUCACUGCUAGAAGUGUCCAGGCGCUGCGAAAUCAGGUGGGCAUUUUCGACGAAUUUGCAGGAGCCCGGAUGAAUUGGCACAAGUCAGUUGCCCUGGUCCCUGAUAUGAAUGCGGCCCCGCUGUUCGAGGGAAUGAGAGUGCAGCCGGCAACAAACGAUGCGACCUAUCUCGGUAUAGAGCUUCCUCAUGCUCUCACCGAUGGCACGCAGAUCGAACAGCUGAUGAGAAAGGCGGCUGCAAGGCUGGCUCUUUGUGGGAAGACUUCAGACGCAGGUGUAUUUGGUAGAGCCCUCCUUGCGAACUCAGUGGCCUCGGCGACGCUGUGUCAGGACAGAAUCACGCGAGACGCUAAGCGGGAGAUGGAAGAAAUCUGGGAUGUGAGUAUGGAGGAACCACAACGCGGGCUGAUUGGAAAGAAGCGAGCUAGACUCCGGAAGAAGAUGCGAGCAGCAUCGGACGCUGAAACCGGUCAGGAAACAAGUGCUUUGGAAGCGGAGGCAGCCAAUCGUCCAAAAGCGGUGAUGGAUAAGCCCCUCUUACCUACUCCACUGGGCGAGGUGGAGUCGGAACCCGGCACAGCAGGCCCUGCGCUUGGCGAGACGGUGCCGAAACCAGGCACAGCGUGGGCAAACCCUUUGGUCCUAAGCAGCUCGGCUUCUCUCUCUCUCUCCCCGACCCUGCCUCCUCCAGGACCUCGGGUUGAAUCAAAUGCGGUGGCUCAAAUACAGGUGGACGACAUGGAACUAAUGGAGUACCAGAGGUUGGAGGAAGAGCAAGAGAAUCCGGGACCGAUCCAACGAGAAGAGGAGCAAAGAGCUUUCGAUGAUAUCCACGUACGCAGAAUGCUGCUGUUGGAUGGGAAAUUUGAUGAACUCCGAGAGCAGGGACGUCUCAGAGUCGUCCCCCUGGUCCUUCGCCUAACAGAGAUAAAACUGCAAAUUCUGCUCUGUCGAGGACAAGCGACGGACAGGCCGCCGAAGAUCCCAUUCAUCAGGUUUGCAGGGCAUCCUUCGAUGCAGAAACCGAUCGUGACAGCGGAGAGAUGGCUGGGUGGGGCCUAUGAAGUGCUCCCAAUGAAAGGAGUCUCGGCGAUUCGCCUGCGUUUGAAACCAGAAAGCCUGGGAGCAUACUGCUUCAUGCUCAGGGUGGAGCCCCGGCCGCAGGCGAAUCACGAGGAAGACCCUCAUUUCAGCUGGACAGACCUGGAACCACUAAUCCUGGAGCUGCCGGAUCCAGAGGAGAACUCCACAGUACAAGACGACACGACAGCCAUUCUGGCACUGCUAAAUAAAAUAUUACCGGAGAACAAAAGAUUCACGCAUCGGACGUUUAUCACAGAUCCGGAAAUGUGGCUGCGAGGCCCUCGGCACAGAGGAAGACAGGCGGGCCGCAUUCCGGCCAUCCUGAAUCAUGGAUGCGCCUCGACUCAUCGACUGCACCGUAAGACUACAAAGAACUAGGAAAAGUCUUUGUGAAUUCACGUCUGCGGAUAGAAGCUGGUAGUACAGGAUCUCAUCUGAAAUGCAGAGCUACAUUUGAGUGGGAAGGAGGCAGUAAAAGGGUUGUAAGGAAGUAGAUCUCAUGUGGGUGAACUGGGGAUUGUACAAACUGGAACUGGGGAUUGUGAAAAUUGGGGAUUGUGGGGAAUGUGAUAAAAGGUGCUUUCUAGC